UGCAGCCGGUCUGUUAUUGUGAAUGGUUUCUCACAGUGUAGAAAAAUCGAAUCAGUUUAUGUUAGUUUACAGAGAUGUUCCUGAUGUUGCUUGGGUCGGAUAUAUUAUUUGUAAACGCAGCCUCUUAGUGGAUAUGAGUCAUGUAUGCUGCCUCGCAGAGUUAAUAUGCACAGGAAUAAAAACUAAUAUAAAAGCAGUUUUUCGUCUACACAUCGGUUUGGAUAAUGAAAUAGCUUGGUGGAUUAGAGUAUAAACUGAAUUACACAGGCAUACACAGGAUUAAAAACUAUUAAAAACAGUGCUUUUCGUCUCUUCAUCAGCGUGGAUAAAGAAACAGCUACACCUGAGGUCAACAGUAGGAAUAUAUUGUACAAUGGAUUCUAGCGAAAAUCAACACCAGGUCGGAUAUGAUAUUGCUGAGGAAAAGACAUACGUAGAUUCAAGUAAGACGAGUAAUCAACCCCAGAAGUCUCGAACUCGUUUCAUCAUUAUCGGUGUGGUAGCUGCCGUCAUCAUUAUUGCUGUCGUUAUCGUAGUUGUUGUUGUCGUCACGCAAACGAAAAAUGAUGAUGAAAACAAAGAAAAGAAAAAUGAGUGCGGACCCUACACCCUUCCAGAUGGUUUUAACUUUUCCAUGUUGUCUCCGACAGUCAUCUCUAGAAGUUUUAAUUGCCCAUUAAAAGGCGAUUGUUGGACAGGUGAGCAGUGCUAUCAGUGUCUGAAACUUGAUAAAUGGAAAGUCGGGAAUAUCAACUAUAUACCCGUGUGCUGUGAAGAUUGUUUAGUACGUGGCCUUUAUAUUUCGAACAGUGAGUGUAGAUGUCGGAAAUGAAUGAACGAACAAACAAGGAAACUAACGCUCACAUACUUUUCAGCAAACUAGGGGUACGCACUCUUCAAUGCUUCAAUGGAGAACGAACAAAAAAGAAAACUAACGCUAACAUACUUAAUCAAACUAGGAGGACGCACUCUUCAAUGGAUUUCAAUUUGUACAGCACGGUCUUUUCGUACAAACUGUCAACGUAUGCAUAUAUAAUCACAGUCCAGUUUAAUCAUAUUACCAUUCGUGUUGAGUUACUUUGACAUCAAAGGCGGAGCAUUACCGAAGUCAAAGGACACAUAGACUAUAUGGGAACCCUUGUUUAGUGAACAACAGUGCAGACCACGUAUCAUAUGCAUUGUAUGCGAUAUUCGUGCAAUCUUGCAGGACGUUGAUCGUUGGUUAAUUGCGACCCACGAUCUAAGAACGUUGAUGUUCCCACCUUGUUUUAGAACUUUUUCAGUCCUACCAGAAGCUUGACGCUUACUUUUUAACUUUUUAUAGUAUCAGAAAUGAAUCUUCUUAUGUGUUUGCGCGUAGAAACCGUUGGCACACAUCUAAAGUAUCUCAUACUCCAAUAAAAGUUCAUUCAUAAUAAUUAUUAUGUUUAAAACACAUAAAGAUAUUACACUAUCAUUUAUGUAAGAAUGAAAUUCGAGGAGGAUUCUAUUGACAUUGUCAGAAUCUUUCAGUGGUUGAAGGUACUGAUUGAAAUAUCUGGCUUUCGGGUAACUGUUAUGGUGGUAACGAGGCUCUGCCGAGUUACCGCAAAACAGUUACCCGAGAGCUAACUAUUUCCAUUUGCACCUUCUACCAGCGAUAUAUUCUUUUUCCUGCUUACCGUAUUCUUUAAAAUAGAACAAUAGAAUAAAACAAAUAGAAUGUUUUUUUUUUUGAAGCACUAUUUUUGUUAAAGUAGCGUAUUAAUUUACGCAUUCAAUCAUAAAUUGCAGCACGUGAGUCAACUUACAAACCCGGGAUGUAAAACAAGUUUUUGUACCACCGACAAAAUCACGGGAAAAUCCUGUCCUGUAUGCAAGAAUGAUAAAUACCUUGUACUUGUCACAUAACAUAUAUCAUAGUAUAUAUAUAUAUAUGUACUUAGGUUUUUACUUUUUUGUAUUGUAUAAUACUGCUAAAAAUAAACAUAUCUGAUAUUUU